GCGCUUUAAUUCCUCUUCCGGUCAGACAUUUUCUCGCCUGACACAUAUGUACGGUAACUUACUUCUAAGAUAAACAAAUUAAACAUAUAUAUAUAAAUAUAUAUAUAUAUUCGGUGAUGGAGUCAAAGUAAGAAAACAUUAUAUGCCGUCUGUUCGAUCGUCUGCAUCAACAACGUUCUCGACGUCAUCUUAUAAACAAGCCAUUGGCAACAGGAAGAAACUUGAAAUGAAGGCUAAAAAUAAAAACAGUAAGAAAUUAAAAGAAGAAACAGAUGCAACUGACUUUGACUCUGAUGAUGAUAAAUCUCUUCGGUUGUGCACCAAAAAUGUCAAUGGUCAGAUGUAUCUGGUUAUGGCACCCGAAAAUGAAACCUCUUCUUUAUCUGAUGUGGAGACUGAUACUGGAAACUCAUCUGAUGCUGUUGGUGAAGAUGAUUCUGAAAUAAGCGUAGUUCUGUUGAAUGAUGCUAAGUCUAAUGAAAAUACUGUUAUUGAGGAUGAAUUUAUGGAUCAAACCUUAACUGUACCUGGUUCACCUAUUUCCACCUCAGAUCCAGUCAUUUUGCCAAUAAUUUCUCCCUCAGUUUUAACAAAUCCAUCAAUUAAUAGCAACCUUACAUCACUGCUUCCCCCAGAUUUGACAGCAAAUAUGUCAGUCAGUAGGGACGCUUCUUUAAAUGCAGCAGUUUCUCUUCCUACAGACUCAGCUCCUGUGCUCAUUACAAAUAUAAAGAAGGAACCUGGGAUUGAACCUAUUUCUGCUUUAGCUCCGUCAUUAGUCACAAAAAGUGAGCCUAUUAUUCUGAUGCCUCAAGCAGUGGAUACAAGCGCUGGCAGUCCUGCUAUCAAAUCUGAAUUUGUAAACAGUGAAAACCAGCUGAAGGUAAACCCACAAUUACAUACUGAUGGUUCUGUGGAUUCAUCUGGCACUUGUGAAAUCAGUGUACCCAUUUCAUUACCUGUUAAUCAUAAAUUUACUGUUGAUAAUAAGACAACAAAUUCUGCUGUCUUACCAAAGAACAUAAUAGUCAGAUCUUCUCAACCAUUAUCUCAGACCAAUCUGAAAAAUAUUCUUUAUUCAUUCAAUGCUAUUUUAAAAGCUACUCCAAGUUCAAAAGAAUCAAGUGGAAAUGUUCCACCUAAGGGGACAAAUUCAGUUCUAUUAAAUGGAACCAAUACUGUUUACUCAGCUUUAGAGCCUAAUAUGUCAAGCUGCAUUUCAAAUUCAACUCUCAAUGUGCUCCCACCGAAAUCUAUUUCAGGUGCAACUUCAACAUUAGCAAACACAAUAUUAAAAACUGAAAAUCAGCCUAAAAUUUCCCCACUUCCUGCAACUAAUUUGCCAAAGAAGGUAUUUGUUGUCCCUGUGUCAUUACCUUCAAAUAAUUCUCAAGUUGUACACCUUACUAUGGUUUCUAAUUCUCAGACUACUCCAGUACCAUCUCCUGUAACUUCUUUUAAGUAUAUGCCCAGUGCAUCUACAGUAGGUCCCAUUCUGAAGAAUUCACAAAACACUACUAUAAUAGGUAAGCCAACUUUUGCAAUAGCUAAUCAAGUGGCUACUACGACACCAACAUCUUCAUCAGCUUUUCCUCUUCAAACAAAUCCUUUAGGAAAUGUUCUGAAUAACACUUCUCAAAUGCCUUCACAGAUGACUCCUUGUGUCCUUGUAUCAACAUUGGUAGAUCAAGCUUCACCUGCUGUGACCAGUGAUGACAAGACAAUUGUACAUAAUGGUUAUGUGUCUUCUAAUGUUUUUCAGGUUGUUAAAAGCAGUAAUUCUUCAAUCUCUGCUAAUGUUCCUACUGAAGGUAUCAACUCAAAAGAAACUUUUAUAAAAUCUUCAGAAUUGAUUCUGCCAAAUGGUGUUACAGCCACACCAAAAACACCUACAACGAAUAUUGCUAUUCUUGAAGACUUAAACUCUCAUAAAACAAUUCAUGCUAUCACCAAAACAACAUCAAGUUACAAUCUCGACAAAAGUAUUUGCACUAUUCCAAAAAUCGGUUCUACAGCUGAUAGCUCUUGUUUGACUAAAACUCAGCAAAUGCCUGGAACAGGCACCUACACUUCAGUUGUAGGUAACAAAACUUCUUGGUUAAUUCUACCUGCAAGCACUUCAGAUGCCAAGAACUCUCCUGCAGGGAAGACUACUACAAUUGAACCAAAUGUUCAGGCGGUCGUUUCUUCUGCUUCCCCUUCAACAACUACCAUCAUCAAUACUACAAAAAACUUACAGGAUUCAUUCCCUAAAUCAGAAGAAAUUAUAAAGAAUUCUUCAUCAACAAAUUUUGUCCCCCAAAUAAGAUAUGCUAUCAACGUAGCAAAAUCCCAAAAACUUUUCCCAAGACCACUUGCUCCCAAAACAGAAAUAUCUACAGUGAUUUCACCAACUAUUAUUAAUCCUCUGAGUCAUAAUCUACCAUCAACAUCUUUAAACUUGUCAUCUUCACAAAAUACUAGUAAUUUUUUGGUAUCAACUUCUAAUUCUAGUAAAGCCAAACAGACUUCUUCAUUAUCAGUUUCUCCUCCAAAUUCUACAACUAGUGUUUCAUAUUCCUCUAACUUUAACAAACCAAUGGUUUUUAUUGGUCCUAUAAAUCCUGAUGAUUUGCUUAAUCUGGCCAAACAUAUCCCAUCUGCAGCUCAGUCUGUUUUCCAGACUUCUCCUAAAACAUCUGAAAGUGUGAAGAUCAUUCACCCCAGUGAUAUCUAUAAAGCCAAAGGUAUUACCAACUUACCUAAAGUAUCACCAUCCUCAUCGCAAAACAUUAUCUUAGUUCCACCAGAGUCUCUUCCUGAACAAGUCAGCUUUGCCUCUUCAGUAACAGGCAAAAUGAAAAGCAAAAUCAGUAACCCUCUUAUACUGUCUACAUCUACACAUCAGCCAAAAAAUGCUAAUGCAGCCAAAGGAAUUUCCUUAUUAAAUACUAACGCUGGUACACAGUCAGCACCAACAUUUUUACAAGCCUCCAACUGUAAUAACAAUGCAAGGUUUGUGACUAAAACUGUACACAACAAUAUCCCUGUCAUGUUUUCUCCAUCCUCAACAUCAUCAUCUGAGCCUCUAAAGCUUAAUGUAACUACUCCAGUAGGAUCUAAUCCAGUUUAUUCACAAUCUCAAUUAAAGCCGAGUCCAGCUAUAGUAUCUACAGUAACCUCUGCUAUUUCUAAACAACAACCACAACAGCAGCAGCAGGUGACAUCUGCUAAUAUUAGUCCAGUGAUCAAGGUUAAACAAGAAUUACCAGAUGAUACAGUCAGCAAUGUUGCUCCAGUUGUUUCUCUGGUAACCAGUCAGGAAAAUAUAACUGCUAAUUCUCUUGUAAAACUAACUUCUUUUUCUAACAGUCAAGUUAAUCUGAAACUGGGGAAAGUUUCCAGCACUUCUGAUACCAUGGUUAAACCUGUAUCUACACGUGUAGUUAAUUAUGUUACAAGCCCUAAGUCUGCUCUGCCUCAGUUUGUUAAGCUGACAAAAAUUGUUGACAAUGUCAGGAAGAAACUUCAAUCUCCAACAUUGGUAAGCCAACCCAAUCAGUCAGAAAAGUUACUUUUUAAAGUGCAGCAACCAGAAACUCAAGUAAUGCAAGUUGUUGAUUCCUCACAGCAGUCCAAUCUUCCCAAAUCUGCAGCUCCUGAUACAUGCGAUAACUCCAAAAAUGUUAAUAGUACUACUAGUUUGACUUCUAAUUUUCUUAUCACUUCCACUUCAUCUUUGAUCCUGCCCAGUCAUCUAACCAAUAUCAAAACCUCAACUGUUUCUUCAAAUAACUCUUCUACAAAACCAGAAUCUGUAGUAAUUUCAGACAGCCAAUCAGAUCUGGGGAAUUUAAAAUCCAUCUGUCAGAAAGAGGAUGAAAAUCCUAUGACACUGAAAAUUGAUUCCAUAUUUUCUCUGCGGGAUAACUCUAAUUUUACUAUAAAUACUCCUAAAGAUGAUUGGAAAAUUAAAUCUGAGGAAGAAAUGACUAAUGAUUUUUUAAAACCAAUGGUUUCUUCAUUAACCGACAUAAAACCAGUGGUUUCAUCAUUAGCCGACAUAAAACCAGUGGUUUCAUCAUUAGCUGACAUAAAACCAAUGGUUUCAUCAUUAGCUGACAUAAAACCAAUGGUUUCAUCAUUAGCUGACAUAAAACCAGUGGUUACUUCGUGGGCAAUCUCAAAACCAGUGAUUUCUCCAAGUACCACUUCUAAAAUAGUUGUUUCUCCAUUACCCACCCCAAAACCGAAAGUUAACUCCUUUAUCCCCUCUAAAUCAAUAGUUUCUUCAACAACCACCAUAAAACCAAAUGUAACCUCCGUGACCACUUCAAAACCAGUAGUGCUUUCAUCCUUGACCACUUCAAAACCAAUGGUCAUCUCAUUGAACACUUCAAAGCCAGUAGUUUCUUCAUUUAACACCACUACACCAGUGGUUACUACACUAACAAACUUACAACCAUUGGCUUCUGUAUUUCCAAGACCUCAAUCAAUGGUUUCCCUAAUUCCAAAUUCUUCCCAGCCUAUAGUUUCAUUACUUCCAACCCCUCAGCCUACACUUGCUUCAUUGAGAAACCCAAAACGUAGAAUUUCUUCAGUAACAUCUUCAGUAUCCCCAAUAUUUCUUUCUUCAAAUUUGCAACCUACCAACUCUGCUCAGCCACUGAAUGAUGUAAAUUCCACUUUGAAACCCAAUGACAUAAACUCUUCUCAGACAGCUUUUGGAGAAAUUUCCACUCAGACGGAUUUUGUAGAAAAUUCCACUCAGAUAAAUUAUGGAGAAAAUUCUUGUCAGACAGAUUGUGAAGUGAGUUCCAAUCAGACAGAUUAUGGAGAAAAUUCCAGUCAGACAGAUUUUGAAGCAGGUUCCAGUCAGAAAGAAUUAGGAGUAAAUUCCUGUCAAACGGAUAAUGGAGCAAACUCAAAGCAGGCAGUAUAUAAAGUAAAUUUAAUUCGGCCAGCUCAAGAAGUAAAUUUAAUUCGGCCAGCUCAAGAAGUAAAUUUAAUUCGGCCAGCUCAAGAAGUAAAUUUAAUUCGGCCAGCUCAAGAAGUAAAUUCUACUAAAUCAGCAGUUGAAGUAAAUUCCACUUUACCACAUUAUGUAAUUACCGCUAAACCGUCAAUUAAACUAAAUAACACUCUGCCACCUUAUAAAAUAAUUGUUACUAAGCCAAAUGUAUUAAAUUCUGCUCAGCAGUCAUGUAAAAUAAUUUCCUCUGAACCAGCAACUGAAGUAAAUUCAUUUCACUCAGGUCAUGGAAUAAAUUCCACACAGACAGCAAAUGGAGCAAAUUCAAAGUCUCUAGGGAUUAGCAACGAAGAAAAAUUACCACAAGAGGCAUCAAAACCUAAGCUUAAGUUCAAAAUGUAUCAGUUUGACAAGCCUGUAACUUCUAAACCACCAGUAUCAAAUAGUUAUAGGCAGUACAGCUACUUAAAUCCUAAGCCAAUAAAGCCAAAAACACUUAUUGAAAAUCCAAACGUGUUAAAACUUGUCAAGAUGCAUAGUGCUUUUAGCAAACUGCAAAGAGAAAACAAACAACUAGAAAUGAAAAUUAAUUCCAAGAAGAAAACAAGAAUCAAAAUUGAUAAAUAUACCCUUUCAAAAUUUCCCCUCAAACAGUGUUUUGUAAUGAUGCCCAGAAUGUACUUGCCUGAUGGUAAAAAAUCUGCUAAUGUUAAGAAGUUGGGAGAGAAGACCCUAAAAUCUAUUAAAUGUCGUGCUACUUGCAAAAAUGUUACUCAGAUGCUUAGGACGAAUAACAUAUUAGCUGCACAAACAGCUAGCAAAAUAGGUAUCAGGUACUUAAAUACUUCUGCAAAUACAAAUGAUGCGCGCAUAAACAAUUCAAAGCAAAAUGCAGCAGAAAAUGCCAAGUCUUUCAGACUAAUUUCCAAUUCAAUGAAUCCACUAAUACUUCCCAAGACAAAUGCUCCUCUUCCAGGACAGCGACUUCUAGUGAUGCAGCUAAAUGGCAAAAGUGUUCUGUUUCCUGUUGUGAAUAAAGUGCAAAAUCAACAGACUCCUAUUCUAAACAAAGGUCACAUACUGCAAGCAUCAAUUCCAAGCACUCUGAAUCCUGUUAAUAAAAGUACAGCUAUUAGAACUUCUAUAUCUGACAGGUCCCUGUUAUUUAAUACCCAAUUUGUAAACAUUGCUCCAAAUGUAGUCAGUAAUGACCCUCGUUGCAACACCUUAACAAAUUCCACCAGUUUAUUGAAUGUCAGUAAAACUGAUUCAGCACAAUCAGUAAAACCUUCUAACUCAUCUUUAGAUAAUGCAGAGGAGGAUGAUGAUGUCAACAGCUGCCUACAACUUGCAUGUGGUAUUAUUGAGACUAACACAUUAAAACGUAAAGCAUCUGAUUACAGACGUGAGUCACGUAAAAUGAAAGAUUCAUUUCAGAUGAGAAGCAAAAAAAGUAAGAAUUACAUUUCUUCCAUGUUGAAUAUAUGAAGCAUAAUCAUCAUAUAUUCAUUGCAGAAUUAAAAUGGCCUGAAAUUU